CAACCUAACCAGUAACCAGCCUUUCCGAGUUCAACCUCGCCGGCAACUUCUCACCGGGACAUCACCGCUCGGAAUCAGACUGGAAACAUUGGAUCUUCAGAACAACCAGCUCGCUAGAUCCGUCCCUGAGAAAUUCUCUUCCGUCACCAGUCUCGGGCAUCUCCAACUCUCCGGCAGCAAUUUUAUCGGGAAAAUCCCCUAACUCAAUCUCAUCCCUUUCCCCAAACCUGGAAUACCUCGAGCUCGCCCACAAUUCCCUCACCGGCCAAAUCCCUAGUUUCCUGGGAAGCGUCCACUCGUUCGACACCAUGAAUCUUGGAAGAAUCUCACCGUAGCGUUACCGAAAUCGUUCAAGAAUCUCAAGGAAUUAAGGAGGAGAGGCAUGACACCGACGUUCCGGCUCCGACGACCUCACAACGACGGUAGGGGGUUCUGAACCAGAAUCUUUUGUCGACCGAGCAGUAGUUAUAAUCUCGUGCAGCAGCUAGGAGAUAUGAACCAGAAUCUGCAGCUUUUGUUUAUUCCGAGUAUAAUUUCCGUGUGGCUUAGUUCUUGAGAAGUCCGUUUGGUAUGCCUUGAGUGUUUGGAGACAGGAAGAAGAUGGUGAGUACUGGAGCCAAGAAUGUGAAAUGUUGUUGAAGACGACAUAAUCAUCAUUAUGGGGACGAAGAAGGGAGAGCCAGAGUUCUUUUCUGCAAUAAAAGCAGCUGUCUUUGAAGCCCGGUGAAAGGGCAGUCCAGCCUAGAAUCGCUUGCUGGCUUACAACAAAACAUCCCUCAACCACCGAAAAUACCCGAUCUCUUUCCUAUCCCUUGGGAGGGGGGAAAUGGCAGCUGCUCUUGCUGAAUUGGUCCUCAAGAAGUUGGGUUCGUUAGCCGCUGAUCAAGCAAUCCUCCUUUUUGGUCUCAAAAGCGAGAUUCAGAAACUUGAAAGCACGGUUUCCAGCAUCCAAGCUGUGAUGCUGGACGCAGAGGAUCAGUCUAGCAAGAGUCAUCAGGUCCGGCUGUGGUUGCGAGGGCUGGAAGAAGUCCUUUAUGAUGCUGAAGACUUGUUGGACGAUUUCGCUACAGAGAUUCUCCAGAGGCGACAAAUGGACGGCAAUGGCUUUGUUAAUGAGGUAUGCCGCUUCUUUUCUCCAUCCAACCAAGUGGCUUAUGGACUGAAAAUUGCUAAUCAAAUUAAGGCUAUCCGGAGCAAGUUAGAUGAGAUCGAUCAGAAUAGGAAGCAGUUCGAUUUUAAGGAGGCGGUUGUUGGUAGUCAGGAGUGGAGGCAAACUCACUCCUCUGUCCCUGAAGUUGUUGUUGGGAGAGAAGAAGAUAAGCAGAUUAUAAUAGACAUGUUAUUGUCUUCUAGUUACAAGGAGAAAGUUGCAGUGGUUCCCAUUGUUGGGAUCGGGGGCUUGGGGAAGACAACAUUGGCCCAACUCAUUUACAACGACGACAAAAUCAAAUCUCAUUUCAAUUGCACAUCGUGGGUUUGUGUUUCGGAAACUUUCGGAACUAAAGUCCUGAUUAAAAUUGUUUUGGAGUCCAUAACUAAGGAAACGGUGGAAGAACUUUCCUUGAACCGACUAAAGGAUCUUUUUCUUGAGAAAAUCAAGAACAAGUUGGUAUUGUUGGUUUUGGAUGAUGUUUGGAAUGAGGACCAGGAGAAGUGGAUUCGCUUCAAGGAUUUAUUUACAAGUGGUGCUGCAGAAGGUAGCAGAAUCAUAGUAACCACACGUCUCCGAAUCGUCGCAGAGAUGACAGCAACCGAGACGAUUGUGCCGCAUGAGUUGAAAGGUUUGUCCGAGUCUGAGUCUUGGUCUUUGUUCGAGAAGAUGGCUUUUAAAGGAGGGGUAGCGUCAGGUCUACGAUAUGUGGAGAUAGGGGAAGAGAUUGUGAGGAAAUGUCGGGGAGUGCCUUUAGCCUUAAGAUCGAUGGGAGGAGUUCUGUUCUUCAAGGAUACCGAGUCGGAGUGGGAAGCAGUAAGAGACAAGCAAUUGUUGAACCUAGAGGGCGACAUCUUGACAACUACUCUUAAGUUGAGUUAUGAUAAUUUGCCUUCUCAUUUGAAGCGAUGUUUCGCCUACUGCUGCUUGUUUCCAAAAGAUUAUGAAAUCAAGGUAAAAAUGUUGGUACAGCUUUGGAUGGCCCAAGGCUAUGUGACCAAGUCCAAUCAAUCUUCACUACUUGAAGAAGUUGGAAUGGAAUAUUUUAAGACAUUGUUGUGGAGGUCCUUCUUUCAGGAGGUGACAAAGGAUGCAUAUGGAAAUAUGGAGUCGUGUAAAAUGCAUGAUUUAAUGCACGAUCUUGCUGUCAAAGUUGCAGGAGAGGAGACCAUUUGCUUGCAUGCUUCAAACUUCACGGACGACUUUCUCAAGCGUGGCAACGUCAAUCUUGAAAGAAUUCGUCACCUAUCCGUUGAUUUUGGUGGGGGACUGUACAAUGAAGUAUGUCAAGUUCCAACUCUCUUAGCUAAAGCAACAAGACUGCGAACAUUUCUCAUCAUAAAUGUAUUGUUUGUUGGCACUUUCGACAACAGUUGUGGGAAAAUAUUUCCAAAGAUGAUCAGACUUAGAGUGCUCCGUCUAAAAAAUGUGACAAUGGAGAUUCUCUCGUCUAUUGUCCAUGAAUUGAAACAUCUCAGGUACCUUGAUUGUUCCGGGCACAAAAUGGAGGUACUUCCAAAUGAAAUCUCAAGAUUGGUACACUUGCAAGUGCUCAAUCUGUUUCGUUGUGUAAACCUUCGGCUACUACCGACAGACAUCGGGAAGUUGUACAACCUUGUGUAUCUUGAACUUUUUGGCUGCAGGAAUUUGACAGGCAUACCAGCCGGGUUCGGGAACCUCUCCUUCCUUAGAGAAUUUCGUGUAUCAGAAGAGACCAAAGCUGCUGUAGGCGGCUCCUCGCGAGCAGUUGAUCUUGGCGAACUGAAGAGGUUGAACAACCUAACUGGUGCGUUGAUUAUUGAACGGCUGGAUCGGGUGAAGGAUAAAUCCGAAGCAGAGACAGCCAAUCUGAAAGAGAAAUCGAGACUUCGACGGUUGCAUCUAAUGUGGGGUGAAGGUAUGACUGCCAGAGCAAGAGAUGACAAUGAUAGUGAUAGAAUAUCGGGUCUUGAUUUGUCAGUAUUGGAGGCCUUACAGCCACAUCCAAACUUAAAGGAGAUACAGUUAUCGUACUACGGGGGGGCGAGUAUCUCAACAAGAAGCUGUUGGUUCUCUUCUCUCAGGAAUCUGGUCAGUAUCACGCUUUAUGGGUGUACGGAACUGCGAAGUCUGCCAUCUUUGGAUCCUUUUGUUUCUCUUGAAGAAUUAGAGUUGCGGAUUUUAUGUAGCUUGGAGUACGUGCAGACUGUAGCAUCAUCAUCACCUUCUACUCAUGUAUCUUCAAACAAUCACUUGGAAAUUCUGCCCUCACUCAAGUCUGUCGUGAUCACGAACUGCGAAAACCUAGUAGGAUGGUCCCCCACAAAUACAGGAGAGUCGCCUCUGCUACCUCGGGUUUCCAACCUGCAGAUCAUAUCGUGCCCGCAAAUGGUAUCCGUCCCGCGUUUUCGGGUAAACUUCGAGAAGGUUGAGUUGACGGCUGUGAGCAGUGAGUUGUUGAGUGCAUUCGCUGCCUCUCUAAUCUCUCCACCGCGCUCUAGGUUUCGUGAGUUGCAUCUCAUCUUGAUGAAAGAUCAAAGGUUGUUUGCAGGACCUACUUUAUCUCUAUCAAUUUUUCGACAACUCCAUUCCCUCCAGGAGCUCUGUAUUGCAAAUUGUGAAGUUUUGGAACUGGAGGACUACGAUUGUGGCGGUGGUGAUGAACGGGAUGAUGAGCACGACAACAUGCCACCGCCGUGUGUCCUUCCAAGCCUCCGUCGCUUGGUUUUCGAGGAAGUUGAUUUGGUGACUCUACCAAAGUGGAUUCAGCAUUCCUCAAAUUUGCAGCAGCUGGAGCUACUAUGGUGUGACAAGCUCAGGUGCUUACCAGGUUGGCUCACAAAGCUAACCGCCUUGGAGUCUUUGCAAGUACGGUUUUGUGGUAUUCUGUCUGGGAGAUGUAGAAGCAGCACAGAUGAGGACUGGCCCAUCGUUUCUCACAUCCCAAACAUCGAAGUUGAUGGUAGAGCUGUCCAACAGGACAGCCGCUAUUUGGGAAUGAAAGAAGAGAAAGAGGAAGAGGAAGAAGGGGAAGGAGAACAACACCAGCAAGAAGAACACCACCAAAGUUGUUAUUUUGGAAUGGUAGAAGAAAAAGGAGAACAACAUCAACAAGAAGAAGAGCAACAACAUCAAGAAGAAGAAGCAUCCUCACACACCCUACUUUCAAGAAAUGUUUUCUCCCUUGACUACCCGACACUAAUGCGCCUUUACACUGUCACUCCCGGUACCAACGUUUCCUGGAAACCGAUUGUUCGAAUAGAGGUACCCAUUUAUCCAGCAUCUGCAGCAGCUUCGUCCAGGCUAAUACAGUCAUACAGAUCCUCGCCAUUCUUCGCGCCGGCGGCCACCUGUGGGCAGUGGGAACGCAAACAUCCGAUCUCUUUUCUUGCACCUGUCCCUUGCAACAGAAAAAUGGCAGCUGCUCUCGCUGGGUAUGUCCUCAAUAAGUUGGCUUCGCUAGCCGCUGAUCAAGCAAGCCUCCUUUUGGGUCUCGGAAGCGAGAUUCAGAAACUUGAAAGCACGGUGUCCAGCAUCCAAGCUGUACUUCUGGAUGCAGAGGAGCAAUCUAGUAAGAGUCAUCAGGUCCAGCUAUGGCUGCGAGGGCUGGAAGAGGCCCUUUAUGAUGCCGAAGACUUGUUGGAUGAUUUCUCUACAGAGGUUCUCCAAAGGAAACAAAUGGAUGGCAAUAGCUAUGUGAAUGAGGUAUUCUGCUUCUUUUCUCCAUCCAAUCAAGUUGCUUAUGGAUUGAAAAUUGCUCAUCAAAUUAAGGCUAUCCGGAGCAAGUUAGAUGAGAUUGAUCAGGAUAGGAAGCAGUUCAAUUUUCAGACGGGUCCUGUGGAGUCAGAUGCUGCUAGCCAGGAUUGGAGGCAAACUCACUCCUCUGUCCCUGAUGUUGUUGUUGGGAGAGAAGAAGAUAAGCAGAUAAUAAUAGACAUGUUAUUGUCUUCUGAUUACAAGGAGAAAGUUGCAAUCGUUCCCAUUGUUGGAAUCGGGGGCUUGGGGAAGACAACAUUGGCGCAACUCGUGUACAACGACGACCAAAUCAAAUCUCGUUUCGAUUGUGCAGUCUGGGUUUGCGUUUCUGAAACUUUCGAGCCUACUGUUUUGGUUAAAAGUAUUUUGGAGUCCAUAAUCAAGGACAAGGUGAAAGACCUUCCCUUGAACGUACUGAAGGAUCUUCUUCAUGAGAAAAUAAAAAACAAAUCACUGUUGUUGGUUUUGGAUGAUGUUUGGAAUGAGGACAGAGAGAAGUGGACUACCUUCAAGAAUUUAUUUGCAAGUGGUGCAGAGGAAGGUAGCAGGAUAAUAAUAACCACGCGUCUCCCAAUGAUUGCCGAGAUGACAGCAACCGAGAAGAUUGAGCCCCAUGUGUUGGAAGGUUUGUCUGAGCCUGAGUCGUGGUCUUUGUUCCAGAUGGUGGCUUUUAAAGGAGGGGUAGCGCAAGGUCGAAGAUAUGAGGACAUAGGGAAAGAGGUUGUGAGGAAAUGUCGGGGAGUGCCUUUAGCCCUCAGAUCGAUGGGAGGAGUUUUAUUCUUCAAGAAGACCGAGUCUGAGUGGGAAACAGUAAGUAGAAGGCAAUUGUUGAACCCAGGUUCCGAUCAACAGGAGGCCGACGUUUUAAAAACUACUCUUAAGUUGAGUUAUGAUAACUUGCCUUCUCAUUUGAAGCGAUGUUUCGUCUACUGCAGCUUGUUUCCAAAAGAUCAUGAAAUCAACGUGAAAAUGUUGAUACAGCUUUGGAUGGCCCAAGGCUACGUGUCCAAGUGCGACGAGUUUUCAUUACUUGAAGAAGUCGGAAUGGAACAUUUUGAGAAUCUGCUGUGGAGGUCCUUCUUUCAGGAGGUGACAAAGGAUGCAUAUGGAAACAUCAAGUCGUGUAAAAUGCAUGAUUUAAUGCACGACCUCGCUGUCGAAGUUGCAGGAGAAGAGACCGUUUGCUUGAAUGCUUCAGAUCUCACAGACGACUUUCUCAUCAACAAUGUCAAUCUUGAAAAAAUUCGGCACCUAUCCGUCGAUUUCGAUAAGAGAUGGUACGAUAAAGCAUGGCAAGUUCCAACUGUCUUGGCUAAAGCAACAAGGCUCCGAACGUUCCUUAUCACACGUGUAUUCUUCAGUAGUGCUCUUGAGAAAGGUUGUGAGAAAAUCUUUCCGGAAAUGAUUAGACUUAGAGUGCUUGGUCUGAGAUGCGUGACAACGGAGAGACUCUCGUCUACUGUCCAUGAAUUGAAACAUCUUAGGUACCUUGAUCUUUCUAGGAACAAGAUGGAGAUGCUUCCAAAUGAGAUUUCAAGAUUGGUGAACUUGCAAGUGCUCAAUCUUUCAUGGUGUCCAAACCUUCUGCUACUACCGACAGACAUUGGGAAGUUGUACAACCUCGUGUGUCUUGACCUAGAUGCUUGCUGGAGUUUGACGUGCUUACCAGCCGGGAUUGGGAACCUCUCCUCCCUUGGAGGAUUGCCUAAAUUCAUUGUGGCGGCUGAAGCAGCCGCAGACGGCUCCUCGCAAGCAGCUGGUCUUGGUGAAUUGAAGAGAUUGAACAACCUAAGUGGAGAGUUGAGUAUUACAGGCUUGGGGCUGGUGAAGGAUAAAUCCGAAGCAGAGGCUGCCAAUUUAAAGGAGAAAUCAAGACUUCGACGGUUGCAUCUACGGUGGGGUUCUGAAUCCGGUAGAAGAUCGGAUCUUGAUGGGUCGGUAUUGGAGGCGUUACAACCACAUCCAAGUUUACAGGAGAUAAGGCUGUCGUGUUAUUGGGGGACGAGUAUCCCAACAAGAAGCUGUUGGUUCUCUUCUCUUAGGAAUCUGGUUCGAAUCGAGCUUUAUCAGUGUACGGAACUGCGAAGUCUGCCAUCCUUGGAUCCUUUUGUUUCUCUCGAAGAAUUAAAGUUGGAUGAUUUAAGCAGCUUACAGUACGUACAGAACGAGACAGUAGCAUCAUCAUCACCUUCUUCUUCUUCUACUUUAAACAAUGACUUGGAAUUUCUGCCCUCCCUCAAGUCUCUCGUAAUUGAGGAUUGCCACAACCUACUGGGAUGGUCUCCCACAAAAACAGAAGAGUCGCCUCUGCUACCUCGGGUUUCCACCCUGCUGAUCAAAUGGUGCCCGAAAAUGGUAUCCGUCCCGCAUUUUCGGGUCAACUUUGAGAAGGUUGAGUUGAAGGGUGUGAGCAGUGAGCUGUUGAGUGGAUUUGGUACCUCUCUGAUCUCUCCACCGCACUCUAGGUUUCAUGAAUUGCGUCUCGGAAGCGUGAAUUAUCUGCCUCAAAGGUUGUUUGCACAACUUACUUCCCUCGAGAGGCUAUACAUAUCCAAUUCUGCUUUAUCUUCAUACAUUCUUGGACAACAACUCCCUUCCCUCCAGGAGUUCCAUAUUCAAGAUUGUAAAGUUUAUGAACCGGAGGACUGCGAUUAUGAGCACAAUGACAUGCCACCGCCGUGUGUCAUUCCAAUCCUCCGUCGCUUGGUUUUGGAGGAUAUGAAUUUGGUGACUCUACCAAAGUGGAUUAAGCAUUCCUCGAAUUUGCAGCAGCUGGAGAUAAAAUCGAGUCAGGAGCUCAAGUGCUUGCCAAGUUGGCUCACAAAGCUAACAGCCUUGGAGUCUUUGGAAGUAUGGAGAUGUGGUUUUCUAUCUGUGAGAUGCAGAAGCAACACAGGUGAGGACUGGCCCAUCGUUUCUCACAUUCCAAACAUCCAAGUUGAUGGUAGAGUUGUCCAACAGAACGGCCGCUAUUUGGGAAUAGAAGAAGAGGAAGAGGAAGAGGAAGAGGAAGAGGAAGAAGAAGAAGAAGAAGAAGAAGAACCACAAGCAGCAUCUUCACACACCCUGAUCUCAAGCCGAACCACAGCUCUAAAACUUUGGAAGCUUAGUUAG